AUGGUAUUUACCACUCACAAUCAAGAAAUCCAUGUUAAAACUGACUUCAAUUCCUUACAAUUUUGCCCUUCCAUACACUUAACUUCAUUCAUUAUGACACUCUCUCGCAAUCGUCAUGAAUUUAGGCCAAUACUUCCUAAUAUUCAAUUUGUUCGGGAUAUUUUGGUAUCAGAUCAUCAAUUUAUCUGUAUUGACUAUUAUCGAGAGGUACACGUACUUAAGAUAAUAGGUGAUCAAGUUCAAUCUUAUGAAAAAGUAAACCCAUCAUUCUUUAACAAGGCAACAUUAAUUCCUGGUAGUUCUCGAUUGCUCGUCUACGAUUAUGAAGAGAAACACUGCAUCUAUGAAUAUAAUUUACAAGCAAGCGUAGAAAUUUUAGAUGUAGGCUUGGCUUACAUUAACAAUAUUCCAAUCAUAGCUCUGCUGACUAACGAUGCUGAUAAUGUGUGCAAACUACAGGUAUCUGAUUAUAAAUCAGAGACUUCUCCAAGAUUGUUUUAUCAUUCGCUACAAAAUCAUAAUGAGCGCUGUUUCUUAUAUAACGAUUUAAAAUCGGCCAUCGUUGUAUGUAUUAAGAAAGAGGAACACAGAAUCACGGUGACAAAGAUAGAUCGUAUUUUAGGAAGAGACGAUGGUAGCCUACAUAAGGAAUUGCUCGAUUAUGCUCUUCCAGAAGAAUAUCCUAACUAUUAUUUUGUACAAACAAGAUUCAGAAAGGUGGAUAAGACACUCAUUUGCAUUAUAAAAUCUUGGGAUGAAAACUAUGGUUGGGGCAUGUUGAUAAUAACUAUAAGCGUUGAGACUAGAGAGAAGAUGGCUUAUCAACAGGAUCACCGAUAUCAGGAUCUAAAUCAGAUUUAUGCUGAUGAUUUUUAUUUGUAUACUUGGCAAAAAGAAAAGGACGGUUAUGAAAGUAAUCAUGCAUACUCCGUUCAGUGUUACAAAUUUGGGGAUAGUAAACAUCAAACACAGCUAGUGCAAGUCAUACCAUGCGAUCACUGGGAAGGAAUAGUCUGUAAAAUAAAUUUGAGUUCUAGUGGAAUGACUUACGAUUCUCAGAUUAAACACUCAACGCUAAAUAUGCCGAGAGAGCAGCUAAAUGAAUGUUGGAGAGAGGAGGAUGCUAAUGUGAUUAAAAUGUUUGAGCGGCAAGAGAAAGAAAUCUUUCUUUUAGAAAAUGGAAAUCAUAGGGCUGUAAGAGAAUUAUAA